AUGGCGCGCGCUGAUGACGCCGUCUCGGGCAGCCCCAACAUGGCCGCGGUUCGUGUGGGCUCAGGCCGCUCUGCGGGGCGCGGAGGCGCUGGCGGGGCCCGGCGGGAUCCAUGGGCGUUCGCCUUUCUCACGGGGCUGCUGCGGGCGCUGAGGGCUCUUCCGGCCUGCCCGUCCCUGCACCUCUCCUCUCCCGGCUUUCCCCACCUCCGCCGGGCCGUUACCCGGCGCCUGCCGCCCGCGGGGCCCCGGAGCAGCGGUGCUUUCCUGGGAUGUGCCGGUGUGAGGGAGCCGCCGGUGCCACAGCGCCCUGCGGCAGCUCAGCACGGCGCAGAGGGACCAGAGCUGGCCGAGGAGCUGUGCUGGGCCUUGGCGGGGGUUUGCAGGAGACUGAGCCGCAGUGCUCCCUGGCACGGCUGUGCUGGAGCCCCGGUGCUGCGGAGCGGCACUGCCCGCGCUGGGCGCACGGAGCGGGGCCACCACGAGAGCGGGCACCGGGCACCGGGUCAGGGCUGGGCGCUGCCUCGGGGGCCGCCGGUGCUUUGCAGGGGCAGCGGGGCUGCCCGCGACGGCAGCCGAGCGCAGCCCGGCCGGGACAGCAGCGAGGAGAGCGCUGCCCCGCCGGGGCGCUCCUGGCGCGGCACGGCGGGGCCGGGCUGGCACCGCCUCUCCUCGGGGCCCCGCCGAGCGCCCCAUCGCCUCGGCCCCUUCCCUCCGCAGAGCGCCGGCCAGCCGUGCCCGGAGCCGCACUUCGCCGGGGGCUCGGGCAGUGCCUGCCCCUGGGCCGCCCCCGGUGUUUCCAAGGAGACCUGGGCCGCCGUCUGCGCCGCGGAGCCGCCGCACAGCCAGGGCCGGCGGGAGGCUCGGCCGCCGGGCCAGUUCUGCAGCCCGCAGCUCGCUGCCCAGCACGCGGCGUGGCAGGGAGACCAGCUGUCCUCCCAGCUCUACAGAAACAAGCAGCUUCAAGAUACUUUGCUUCAGAAGGAAGAGGAACUUGCUAGGUUACAUGAAGAAAAUAAUAACCUCCGACAAUACCUGAAUUCUGCCCUGAUUAAGUGUUUAGAAGAAAAAGCCAAGAAACUACUGUCUGGCCAUGGGCAAAAAACUUGUACUAUUCUCAAAAAUACCAAGAGGAGAUUAAAAGAGGACCACUGCUUUGUUCCUCAAGAAACUCCUCAUGUUUCCAAAGCUAGAAGGAAUCUUUUCAAUGAAUUCACUGCCUGUGAGGAGCAAGCCAGCCCUGCUGUGGACAGCUGGGUCUUGCAGACCUUAGGAUUAAAAGAUGUGAACACCAUUGAUGAAGCUUCAGCUAACUACAGUGCCCUGUCCCCAGACUUUGGAACAGACACAUACUGCCUGAGCCCUGGGGGAGCAGUAGACUAUGAGCACAGGGAAGGAGCAGCAGCAGUGUUUAGCUGCAGCCAUGUGCCUCCAGGCAGCAGCAGCACCGCCCAUUCAUGCAGCGAGGAUUCUGCCUUCCUUCCUCAAUUUUCUUCAGCACCAUGCGUCUCCUCACCAGUGCCAAGUGUUUCCCCUCUCCCAGCCUAUGGGUUGCCUUAUUUGACUGGUGGUUUGUCACCCAACAAAACAGAAGUGGCCUUCACAACGUCUCUGAGUCCCCACAGCAAUGUGAGAACGCACAGCUUCCACCAAGGACAGGCCUUUGUGCGCAGGGACCACGAUGGGGGAUGGAGAUUCACCUGGGUGCCCAAGCAGGCUGAAUGACGCACCUGGAUCAAGGCUCAGCCAUUGGGGAUGUAGGAGUCACACUUUACUUUGUGCAUGAGACAGGUUCAGGCAGCAAAAAGGAGCUCCUCUGGGCUUCUUUACAUGCUACUCCAUCACUAGCCCACUCCUCAUUCCCUCACAGAUUUUCACAGAUGUGACUCCAGAUUGCACUUGGACUAUUAUCUGCCCCAGAUGUUCAAACUGGAUUCCUUCCUCUUGUACCUGUGUUGAGAUACCCGCUUUUACUUGUUUCCUGGGGUUUUAUCAUCAUCUCUUCCUUGUUACUGGUAGUAUCCAGGCUGGAGGGCUUUCAGCUUUGAUGAUCACUGCCACAGGCACCAAACUGGAAAGCACUUUGGUUAUACACCUGCCUCACUCUGGAAAUAGCACUUCUCUCACAGCUAUCCACAGAUAACAAAGAAGGCUGAAGAUCAGCAGUUUCUAAGUGAUUUAUGUGUCUCUUGACUACACAGAUUGUCUUGGAUUUGAAAGUAUCCAUAGUUGCCUUAGGUGCUGCACAAGGCUGACUUAUCUGCAGUUUCAUGGUGCUGUCACAUUCUUUGAUAAUGCCUCAAAAUAAAAACAGGAUUUACUUCUGGAGGCUACUUAGUUACAAGUGAUUUGACAAGUGCAGGGGAUCUUCCUAAGAAGCGAUUAAGAGACUGAUGUUUUACUAACAUGUUGUAAAAGUAUUUUGUCUGUCAAUAAAGGGAGUUCAUAUUUG